AUGGCAAAUUUAGUCCCUCUAAAUGUAGCUCAUAAAUUAACUAGAGAUGUUAAAAUUGAUGGAUAUUAUAUACCAAAAGAUACAACCAUUAUUCCACAAAUUUCAGCUGUUUUAGCAGAUGGGGAAGUUUUUGAAAAUCCUGAAGAAUUUAAUCCGGAACGUUUUCUAGAUGAAAAUGGGAAACUAAAAAAAGUUGAUGAAUUAAUUCCCUUUUCGAUUGGAAAAAGGCAAUGUUUGGGAGAAGCUUUGGCAAGAAUGGAAUUAUUCUUAUUUUUAGGAAAUUUAUUAAAUAAAUAUAAAUUUAUGCCUGGAAAUGAUGGAAUUCCUUCACUAAAACGAAUUAAUGGGGGAACAGCUCGAUGUAGAAAAUAUAAAUGCCGAAUUAUAAGAAGAGAAGAAUCUUGUUCUAAUUAA